GCUCCAGCAAGCAGCAGUCGAGUCUUGAGCAAAACAAGAAUGCCAACAAAGGGAAAGUCAACCCCGGUCUACAGGGAGAUCGAGGGACUCUUACUCAGCUACUACUUCAGCGACGAGAGCGUCCGCUCAGCCCUCGCCUACAAGCCAAGGCCGGAUGACGUGUUCCUCGUAGGCUAUCCCAAAUGCGGUACCACCUGGAUGCAGUACCUCCUCUGGAACAUCUUCAGUGGUGGCGUGCCCCCGAAAGACAAGGAGGAAUUCAUGGCCAAGUCACCCUUCUUGGAAUUCCUCGGGGCUCAAGCCGCCGAACAGAUGCCGAGACCGGGCGUCAUCAAGACGCACCUCCCAUUCGACAAACAGCCUUACUCGAAGGAUGCCAAGUACCUGUACGUCACCAGGAACCCUUACGACUGCUGCGUCUCCUACUACCACCAUAUGAAGAUCAUGCCCGCCUACUUCUUCGAGGACGGUACUUUUGACCAGUUCUUUGAGUUGUUCGUGGCAGGGACAGGAGAAUGCGGCGACUUCUUUGACACACUGCUCUCCUGGUACGCACAUCGGAACGACCCCAAUGUCUUCUUCUUGACCUACGAAGACCUCAAGAAGGACACGGCGUCCUGGGUGCUGAAGAUGGCUGACUUUCUGGGUAAAGAGUACGGCGAGAGGUUGCGAAGUGACCCGAAGGUAUUGGAACGGAUUCUGGAAUCGUCCAGCGUAUCGAACAUGAAGAAGGCGUUUAGAGGCGAGUGGAAGUCAGAGAUGGCUCGUGACCCACCGGCCUUGGACAAUUCUGACGGAUCGCAGCAACUUAGCGAAGAGUUGAUGGAAGCAGCCAUCAGGAAGCCGCUUACUGGCGAUUUCGUUCGCAAGGGCGUAGUGGGAGACUGGAGGAACUAUUUUUCGCCGGAACAGGUCGAAAGAAUGAAGCAGCGCAUUGCGAUAAAAACAGCAGGCAGUGACGUGAUGCAGCUCUGGAAAGAGUGCGACCUUCCAUGACCGAACUGGGUGGACUGAACGCGUAAAAUAUCAUCGUCUAUCCUUUUUGCCACUAUGUCUGCAUGAAGCCGAACGCCCUGCCAAUCGUAUAUCCUGAUUGAAGGUCAGAUUUGUGCUCCGUGUGGCUCGUGCUACCGGAUGUGUUUUAAAUUUUGCUAUUAAUAAAAAAAAAGUACACGCA